CUACCACUUUACGUGCGGUAGGGGACAUUAUAGUUUUUCCCUAUUUCUGUUGCCUAUAGUUCUAUUUGUAUAUUUGUAAAUUAAACUAGAGGGUGAAAAAGUGAGGGUGGCAAGUGCCGCCCACUGGUACGAACAAAUAACUGUUAUCACGUGAUUGCACGGGAACCAGAAACGACCCAAACAGAAAAGAAGAUGGCAUCACACCCAGGAGGAGGCGAUCAAGGGAAUUCCGGAGAUCAGAUACUGGAAGUCGGAACUAUUUUGUUACAGGAUUUCAUCUAUGAGCGAGUUCAGAGGCAAAGAGAUGGCAAUAGUGCAGUGACGAGAGAACAGCUUGGUGGAAGCCAGCUGACUGACCCAAAACAUAAGAAGCUUGCUCAGUGCCUGCAGCAGAUUGGAGACGAGCUGGAUGGAAAUGUAGAGCUCCAAAGAAUGAUAAAUGACUCUUCGCUUUGUCCCACAAGAGAGGUUUUUAUAAGAGUGGCCUAUGAGAUCUUUUCAGAUGGAAUAUUUAACUGGGGCAGGGUGGUUGCGUUGUUCUACUUUGCAUGCCGACUCGUUAUCAAAGCUCUUGUAACUCAGAUUCCGGAUAUUAUCAGAACCAUUAUCAGUUGGACCAUAGACUAUCUCCGGGAACAUGUGAUCAACUGGAUCAGGGAGCAAGGCGGCUGGGAGGGUAUUCGCUCCUACUUUGGCACACCAACAUGGCAGACGGUCGGAGUUUUCUUGGCAGGAGUCCUUACCACUGUUCUUGUCAUUCGCAAGAUGUGAGGGGAAGCAUGAAGAGCAGAGAGGAGAAAGACAGCAAGAAUUACAAUUGAGGGAAAUGGCACAGGAGGAAGAAGAAUGCAGAAAGAAAUACACUCAACAGGAAGAACUUAUCUCGAAUUAAUUGUUCUUCAUUUCUGCCUCUUAUUCAUAUGUAAGAAUUGGGAGUUGGACUAAUAGCGCUGUUGCACUCAAGAUGCCUAUGCCACUGGGGAAGCGAGCUGUGCAGGAUUACGUGCACAAAAUUGAAGGAUGGGGAGAGGUUGUCAAGACUUGAACAAGGAAUGCAUUUUAAUUAAUUUAUUUUUUACUUGGUACACAAGUCACUGCAUUCUGUUUUCUACCUUAAAUGAUAUUAUGAGAAAUGUUUUGAUCAAAUUAAGAGUUUCCCUUGUUUUGUUUUGUUUAGUUUUUUGCUUCUUUUUUUUUCACAGAAAUUGCCUUUCUGCUCUUCCCACUCUCUCCAUCCAUUUUACAUCAUUGUCUGUAUGCUAGCCAAUCCACAUUCUCAUGUAUUUGUGAGUGUUCACUGGUGUAAAUCUGUAAUGUUCUUCUGGCACUGAACGUGUAAGAAGGUGGUCAUAUUCCAUGGAGUUAAAGAGAUAUUUUUGCGGAAAUAUUUAGAAAACGGUAUAUAUUAAGAGAACUCUGAUAAAAGUUUGGGUUUAAUUAACCCCCAGUUCAUUUCUCUUCUUCCAGUUGGUGCAGCACCCAAUUCUUCUGUAUAAACUUGUGUUUAUGUUUAACAUGAAUCAUCAGAUGGUUAAAAAAAUAGUCAUAUAAUCUCUCUGAAAGGAAAGUGAAAGAACUGCAAUCUUGUGUAAUAUACAAUCAUAUGGUGUUUGGGGGCAUUUUGACCAGCAUUCUGACCUUAACGUGACACUCAAUAAUUCUGUUACUUCUCGGUGUUCUUUUGGUCUACUGAAGGUUUGACGCUGCAGACACAGAAAGCAAUUGAUUGCUCACAGAUUCUUACCUCACUUUACACAUAUUCAAAGUACUGUAUUUUGUACGUGAGUUAUUCAAACUGCGACUUUGUCUAAACAGCAAAAGUCUUUUUAUACGUUCUUCUUGUUUGUCAGUGCCUUGGUGGUUUUUGUUUUCUUUUUUAACUCUGAAAUCAUUUUGAUAUUCUCAAGUUUUCACCUUUUCUAUAUCAUAUUUGUAAGAGUAAAAUUUCCUUCAAGUCUCCCUUGAAAUCUUUUUGCAGUGACUUUGUAUGCUGUAAUAUUAAAAAUAAAUCUUUUAACUAUU